AUGCCUUCGGCAAGACAGAAUUCUGAGGAGGAGUUGAAUGGGACUCAGGUAACAAAUAGAUCCUCUAAAAAAGUUGUGACAUUGAAGCUGUUGCAGCAAACUGAAAAGCGAGAUGAAAAGAAGGUUGAGGAGCAAGAAAAAUUGACUAAGAACCAAGCAGGAAACUCUGCGGAAUCCGGCAGUGACGAUUCUGACACAAAGCAGCCAAAUCCAUUUGACACGGAUCCGUUUCUUGAGGAUGGCGAGGACGGAGAGGAGCUACCAGAGCAGGCUGAUAAGACAGAAAUACCCCAGUUAGAAGACUUAGUCAAGCAGCAUCAUAAAGGUAGCCAAACAGCACCAAGUAAAACAGAGCAAGUAGUGGUGUCGAGCAAAUCUAAAAAUGACCAGACGCUGCCAGCGAUUAAAACUACGUUCAAGGAAAAAGAGAAACCCUCUUCUAAGCAAUUGAAGGUUGAGGAGGCGGCGCCAAAGGAUUCAAGCAAGGAAGAAAAGAAACCCCUUUCUAAGCUUUCAAAGUAUGACAAGGAAGCGAUCAAAGAUUUGAAUGAGGUGUUCCACCGUGAUGAUUCCGAGAUUAUCACUGAAAAUCCAAAGAUCACCGAAUUUGAUGCAGAGUUGAAUAAGUAUGCGGCAACUUUCCUCAAUUUGAACUGGCAAUCUCGAGGAUUGCUAUUGCACUUCUGCCCAUCAUAUGUUUCCUAUCUAGAAGAGGCCGUUCGGAAUAUGACUCACAUUAAAAAUGAUCAUUAUAGUACCACGGGCGCCCUUGUAGUGGUCUGGAAAGUCAUCGAAAGGUGA